UUUUAAACAUAUGGUCAUUGUGAAGGCCAAACUUGGCCAGAAUUUUACAAUGGAAAUACAGAAAUUCAAAGACGAAAGCGAGGAUUAUUUGGCACGCAUGUGGCACCGUCUGGCCUUGAACUCGAAGAGUGUCUGCGGAGAGCUGGUCUGCUACCACAACGCCGUCCAAGCCUUGCAGAAGCCAGAGAACGAGUGGCAAAAAGUUGAGUACAUCAUGGAAUUCAGCGAGUGGCUGUAUUACAAACAGUUUCCUAUGGAAGACGUGACAUUCCACCUGAAGUGGGCGAUUGACAUCCUGCUGCUGAUGACACCUGCCAGUGACACACCUGAGCUGGCAGGGGAGCACCUGUCCACUCAGGGAGCCCCAGAAAGUGUAGUGUCGGAGGACGCGGGGUCAGUCACCUUGGAGAAGCUUCGGAACGUGAGACAGCUGGAGGCGCUGGCUCGCGCCUACACCCUGCUGGCCCUGAUGGUGUCCCCGAGCGCGGCCAGCUACGAGGACUACUGCCUCAUGGCCUACACGUACCUCAAGCGCAUCUGGCAGCAUCACACCGCGGUUCCUAGCCAACAGCUGGAAGACUUACCGACAAGCAUAGAAGAAUGGGCUUCCUACUCCUGCCCUGAAGAAGUGAUGUCGGUGUUUAAACAAGAUAAAAGCGACUUUACCAUUAACCCGUCAAGCAUCCAGAAGCCGACGUACACUUUAUAUUAUUUGGACCAUUUGGUCAGAGCCCUGCAGAAGAUGUCCCUCUACGAGCUCACCAUCCCAGUCCUGCAGUUGGGUGUAGUAAUUGCAGCAUCUGUGGUAGAAAGCAAGAGCCUCAAGGAUCUCUACCACCUGCGACUUGCCCUUGCUUGUUUGGAUUUGAAAUUGCGAGAAGCAGCUGCCUACCAUGAAGAGGUGGUCGGGCAGACAUACAUCUAUGAGCUGGAGCAGGCAAGCUGCAGAAAAGAAAUUGCCUUGAGAAAGGAGAAGAAUAAGGAACCGCUCUUGGAAGACAGUGUGCCAACUCUGGCUGAACCCAUAACUGCAGUGGACCCAGCAGAAAUGAAGCCCCUCGUGGCCAAGGACAAGCUCCUGAAGAUAAACGGAGAGACCGGGAGGGGCCUGGAAGGGACAUCCUUCCCCCAGCUGUGGACCCUCAAAGCAGAAGUGCUGCUGGACAUGGACCUGUACCAGCCUGCGAGGCUGCUGCUGUCGGAGGCCUACCUGGCCUUCCAGGAGCUCAAUGACCCUUGUGCGGAAGCAAGAUGUCUGCACCUUCUUGCACAACUGGCAAACAAGGAGAGAAACUACGGACAAGCGAAGAAGAUGGUGGAGCAGGCCCAGCACCUGGGAGGGGGCGAGGAGUUCUGGUACAGCUCAGCCCUGACUCUGGCAGACACGCUCCUGGCCAUGGGAAGCGACGGCAGCGAAGUGGUGGCCUUCCAGUUGUUUCAAAGACUCAUCGAUACCUUCAGGGUCCUGCAGAAGGAAAGACCUAACCGAGUGCCCAUCUUGGAAUUUAUGGUCACAGACCUAGAAGCCAGAUGUGUGCGCCUCCGCAUCCGGGCCGUUCAGGGACUACUUGACUGUGAAUGCUUGUUUCUGCUGACCGAACUGGAUGAUCACUUGAUGGAGAUUGAGAAAAAGUUGACCACCUGGGGCUACAGAGAGAAUUGUGUGGACAUAAAACUAGAGCGCGCAAAGAUAAAGAGAUUAUGUGCCCAAAAUGAGAAAAAUGAAGAGCAAAAAGCCGCGUAUCACUUGGAGGCGUACGACUUGGUCCAAAGAGCUGUGGCCGAGGCGGAGGAGCUGUUCCUCAGGGUGCAGGGCUUACUGUCCUUGCAGGAGUUGCAGAACAUCAACACGCCUCUGAUGAGGAAGCUGGCGCUCCUGCGGCUCAGCCUUGCAGAAGCGUCUCUGGACAUGCUGCAGCUCAUGUGGGCGGAGGCCCAGGCCCAGCAGCUUGAGCAGGGCUCCAUGGACAAGCUGCUGGCCGACUAUCUGCAGAGCUUGAGUGACUACACCUCCACAGGCCUGAAAUGGUUCAUGCUGAGGCGGACCCUGGCCCACGUUGUGUUGGCGCAGCUGGGGAGCCUGCAUUCGCUGUGUGCUGGCUGCGUGGAGAUCCGUGCUCAGGUCCUGGGCCUGGCGGGGAAGGCCCUCCGCCUGCUGGCCAUCCACGCAGACCCCGAGCACCCCACCUGCUACUGGGAGGAGGGCCUCUCGGCCAGCCCUGAGCUGAACGGCCUUAGGCAACUGGAGACGCUCCCGGAGGACAGGGCCAGCAAGGAUCACUACGAGGACCUGCGGGCCUCGAGGGCCACCCCCAAGGAGCACCGCAGGAAGGGCUCGGAUCAGCAGAGGAGGACGGUGCUGGCCCGGCGGCACCUGGCCCAGGCCUCCGAGGCGCUGCUGCAGUGCAUGCAGGUCGCCCUGGGGAGCCGCCUCCUGGACGUGGCCGCCGCCGCCAGCCUGGACAUGGUGGAGUGCACCGGCGCCCUGGACCCGGAGGCCACCUGCCAGUUCCUGGCACUGUCUCAGAGCUGCCUGGCUUCAGAAAUGAUGCGGGAUGUCCUGUUCACGGCCACGGCCAGCACCAGCAGCUCGCAGCUCGCGGCCCUGCUGCAGCUCGAGCACCAGCUGAAGCAGAAGGGGAGGACGUCCACCAGCUUCUUUGCGAGCGUGGAGCAGACAUUGGCUGUCAUUUCCAAGGCUUGGCAAAAUUUAAGGGUCACUGAGCAGCAUUUUAACCUCCUGAAUGAAAUCCCGCCUACCUUUCGGAUCCUCAUCCUGCAGCACUCGCCGGACAGGGCCCAUCUGUACUGCACAGCCUAUAAGAGACCCACGUCCAUCCCCGCGGCCAAAGGGAAGGUGCUCCAAGUGGGAGGCUCCUGCAAGGUAGCACGGUUGGCCGUGAGCCCGGACACCUUCUCCUGCCUGUUGGCCAGUGCCCAGCAGUUCCGGGAGCUGACCCAGGCUGUGGUGCACAAUGAGGACCCGGCCCUGAGCUCAGGCACGGAAUUGGAAAGUGUGCACCUUGAAAGGGAAGGACACUCUCUGCAGAGAUUCAGUGAUGUCCUGGCAUCCAUGGAGGAGUACCUGAGGCCACUGUUCCCAGUGCUCAGCAGCCCUGCGGCCAGAACACAGAUUCCCACGCCUGCUGCGGAUUCCGGGAAAUCAAAGGGCAAAGACAAGGAAAGGAAAGUGUCCCCGCCCCAUGUUCAGCUCGAGGCUGCAGACAACACCAUCCUCAUUGUGGACAAGGAUCUUCUGGAGCUGCCGCUGGAAGGCCUCUCUGUGUUUGAGGAGGCCGUGGUCUCCUCUGUGUCCCGGGAGUUCUCCCUGCAGAUGUUAUGCCAUCGCCUCCACGAAGAGGAGACAGCCGAGGGGACCGUGAAGAAGGAGGGCAGAGGCAAGAAGAGGAGUCCAGCGAAGAAGGGACGGAAGGACGCUCCGCCCCGGCUCAUCCCCCCUGACUGCAUUGUAGUCGACGCCGACAACUUCAAGUUCAUCGUGGACCCCUACGGGGAGGCCCAGGGCAUAGAAAGGCUGACUCCUGUCUUCGUCACCCGGGAAAUUUUGGAAAGAUUCCGAGACACGUUCACUGCUCUCUGGGUGGGACAUCUGGGAAAUAAGCACUUCCCCAGCCAGGCCGAGUGGGAGCAGCUCCUGGGCAGCUGCAGCGGCUUCUUCUUCUACGGGAUGGAGAGCUUCCUGUCCCACAUACUGGUGGAAAGGUUGGCUGCCAUGAACCUACGAGAGUGCCAGAUGAUGGUCCUGCUGGGCCUGACGCGGUCCUACAAGAGCAUGUGGCGGCGUAUGGAGAACUCAGAGAACAAGAGCGUGCCCCAGCUGACCUUGGAGGAGCCCAUCAAGACUGCCAUCCUUCUGAGUCUGGUGGGGGUCAGGAGCAUCCUGACAAACCAGUGGCCGACAAUCCUGCAGGACAACGCGCUGCGGGCCGGCAUCCUGUGGGAAAGUCUGUUGACAGUUGGCAGGCCGAUCGGGAGAGCAGUCCGUCUCCUUCAGAACAUGGGAUCUGGUGAGCCGAGGAACCACGGUAACAGAAGCUGUCCCCCGUCCCUGCCGCUGCUCAGGCUGUACUGGGCCACCUCCCAGCCAGCGUCCCAGCGGCGCUGCCGGGCUGGGGUGCCCGCCAUUUCCGGGCCGCUUCCACGGCUCAGCGUGUGCCGAUGGAGAGCACAGCCUCCCGUGAGAUCCUCAGGGCUGAACACACUGGGCGUUAGAAGGGCUCAAGGCGCCCAAGUUCUGGAAGCCCAGGCGUGCUCUCUGGGGCGGGAGCAGGAAACCUUCAAACUAUACCCCACAAAAGGAGCUUAAAAUUUAGAAGUGACGUGGUGCACAGUGCCCAGAACACGGUUACCAGACCGUGAAGGCUGUUGAGUGCGUGCGGGAGGGAGGGAGCACCGGCAGGUGCGUGAGGGCGGAGGACCCUAGAAGAGCCAGUGGUGUGAGGAGCUGCUAACGAGCUGCUUUGGGGACAGAGGAAGGGGCGCCCGUGUGGCCUCUGUUGUUCUGUGUGGAUGUGCCUUGGAAGGAAGGGACACCCCACGGUCAGUGGUGGCAGCCGGCUGAUGGCAGGAGGAGGAGCCGCCUGGCCCCACGGUGCUG